AUGUCGACAGAAAUACCAAUUGCACCGCCAGCGAAUCCUCAAGAUGCCACAGUUGGUAUCAUAGGUAUGGGCGACAUGGGCCGUCUAUAUGCCAAGACGAUAUCAGGAGCAGGGUGGAAGGUCACUGCUUGCGACAGGCCCGACAAAUACGAGGCCCUGAAGGAUGAAUUUCAAGGUAGUUCUGUCACUAUCCUUGAGAACGGACAUUUAGUGUCACGAUGUAGCGACUACAUUAUUUAUAGCGUCGAGGCGGAGAAUAUUGAUACGGUGGUGAAGCUCUAUGGGCCCUCUACAAAAAUGGGUGCUAUCGUUGGCGGACAAACAAGUUGCAAGGCACCAGAGAUUGCAGCAUUCGAGAAGCAUCUGCCUAAAGAUGUAGAGAUCAUUAGCUGUCAUUCCUUGCAUGGGCCGAAGGUCGACUCCAGGGGACAGCCAUUGGUGAUUAUACCCCAUCGAGCCACGCCCGAGGGUACGGCUCUGAUCACUCGAAUACUCUCCUGCUUCCGCUCAAAAACAGUACAGCUUUCUGCCCAGGAACAUGACCGGAUAACGGCAGACACGCAGGCCGUCACUCAUGCGGCAUUCCUCAGCAUGGGCACCGCGUGGCAUGCGAAUGCCCAAUUUCCAUGGGAGGUUGAGCGUUAUAACGCUGGAGGCAUCGAAAACGUGAAGAUCAACAUUAUGAUGCGGAUUUACAGCAACAAAUGGCACGUUUACGCUGGUCUUGCGAUAUUGAAUCCAGCAGCAAGGGAUCAGAUUCGAGCUUAUGCCGAAAGUGUGACUGAACUCUUUAAGCUCAUGAUCUCACACAAGAAACAAGAGUUUUCAGACCGAAUCAUUGCAGGUGGAACCGCUGUAUUUGGCCGACAUCGUGGCAGUCCGCUACUGCUAAGGGACGAUAUACUCGAUCAAUACUCUUUAUCGUCGACCCAAAUCCCUAAGAGCGAGAGGCGACUUAAUAGUCAUCUAAGUUUGCUGGCUAUGGUAGAUUGUUGGUGGAAACUGGGAAUCGUGCCAUACGACCAUAUGAUCUGCGAGACACCAUUGUUUAGACUAUGGUUGGGAGUUGUGGAGUAUGUGUAUCGGGAUAGGCGGCUUUUGGAAGAAUGUAUCGAAACAGCGAUGGAAGAUGAUACAUUUAGGAUGGAUGAUAUCGAGUUCACCUUUGCGGCUAGAGGAUGGAGUGAUGCGGUUGGCUUUGGGGACUUUGAGGGCUAUAGGAAAAGAUUCGAAAAGGUUCAGACAUAUUUUGCGCCGAGAGUAGCCGAAGCAACGAGGUUGGGCAAUGAAAUGAUUGCGAAGAUAUUUGAAAAAACGAAAGAUGAUACUACUGAGGGAACUAAAGCUUGA